UUUCUUUUUCUUUCUAUUUUUCUUUGUUCACAAAAGAAUGAAACUCAAUCGUUUGGCGUGCAUAACCUUUUUGGUUAUUGCCAGUUGCCUUUGCAUAGUCAAAGCAGACCAACAACAAUAUGACCAAGCACCUAUUCAUGCUAGUUUACCUCAAGAUAUCACACCUGAACAAUUAGAAACAACCCAUAAAGAAAAAUUCACUUUCCAGACUGAAGUGUCGCGUUUAAUGCAUCUUAUCAUUAAUUCACUUUAUAAAACGCGUGAAAUUUUCUUGCGUGAAUUGAUCUCUAAUGCUUCAGACGCACUUGAUAAAAUUCGCUUCUUAUCCCUAACAAACCCCGAAUCCCUUGCGACAAAUCCUGACUUGCACAUCACUAUUGCUGCUGACCAUGAUAAAAAAGCGCUUGUGAUUACAGAUACAGGUGUAGGCAUGACACGCCAACAACUCAAAGAUAAUCUAGGCACCAUUGCUAAAUCAGGCACGUCUGAAUUCUUGGCCAACAUGGAACAAAACAGCGAUGCGAUCUCUCAAAUUGGUCAAUUUGGUGUAGGCUUUUACUCGGUUUUUCUGGUGGCAGACAAAGUCACCGUGGCUUCUAAAUCAAACGAUGACCCAGAUCAGCAUCUCUGGAUGAGUACGGCUGUGGAUGAUUUUACGAUUGCUAAAGAUCCUCGAGGCAAUUCUUUAAAGCGAGGCACACAGAUUACGUUGUACUUGAAGCCUGAUGCCUACAAGUUUUUACAAGAAAAAAAAUUGCAGGAAUUGGUUCAAAAAUACUCUCAAUUUAUUACGUUUCCCAUCUUGCUCUGGACAGGCGAAGAAAAAGAAGUUCCUGUGGGACAAAAUGAUUUGGAUACCUUGUUAAAUGACGAAUUGACUGAAGAAAUUGUUGGACAAGAUACCAAGACUGAGAAACGUAUGGUGUACAACUGGAAACAAAUCAACGUUCAAAAGCCUAUUUGGAUGAGAGAUCCUAAAGAAAUCACGGACCAAGAACACAAAGCGUUCUUUAAAACCCUGACUCGUCAAACCCAAGAUCCUUUGGCCUGGACACUUUACAAAGGUGAAGGUGAAAUCGAGUUUCGUUCUUUGCUCUACAUUCCUCCUACAAUGGAUGAAUCUUUCUAUCAAAAUGCUCAAAAAGAAGAAUCCAAUAGGCCUAUCAAACUCUUUGUGAAGCGUGUGUUUAUUUCUGAUGAAGUGGAUUUGUUGCCCAGAUGGCUUUCGUUCUUGAAAGGUAUUGUGGAUGCUGAUGAUAUGCCUUUAAAUGUAUCCCGAGAAACUCUUCAGAAACACCGUAGUCUUCGUAUCAUCACUCGCCAUUUGGUUAAAAAGGCCCUUGAUAUGUUUACUCAGCUCAGUCAAAAUGAUCCCAAAGCUUAUUCGAAGUUCCUCAGUCAAUACAGUAGUGUGUUGAAAUACGGUGCUGUCGAAGACCAAUCUUAUCGUAAAAAGAUCACGAGUCUCUUGCGCUUUGCUACUUCACACAACACCACUGCCUUUAGCAGUAGUUUGGAUGACUAUAUCGACAGAGCCAAAUCUGAACAAAAGAGUAUUUUCUACAUGACAGGCAGCAGUAUUAGCGAAAUUGAACAGUCGCCUUUUAUUGAAAGCUUAUUAGCGCGUGGAUAUGAAAUUAUCUACUUUACUGAUCCUAUUGAUGAAACCUUUGUUCAAAACAUUCCUGGUUACAACGGAAAGCAGUUUGUGAACAUCGCUAAAGGCGACCUGACUUUUACUGAUGAUGAUAAUGUAGACAGUGAAUUAGAGACUCAAUUCAAACCCUUGACUGUCUGGUUAGUCGAUACGCUAUUUGACCAUAUCGACAAGGCUGUGAUUUCUCGUCGUUUAACUACUUCUCCUCUUGCCAUUGUUGCUCCUCGAGAUGGCCUUAGUGGUCAUGCUCAACGUAUUUUGGAUGCACAAGGCAUGAAUAUCAAAGAUCCCAACCUUGAAUUCAUUUUACAGUCAAUGCGAUCACAAAAGAAGACAUUGGAAAUCAACCCUCAUCAUCCUGUCAUCAAGACUUUAUUGAGUCUUGUAGAACAAAAUAAGGUGACAGAUGACAUGAUUAAUUUGAUCCAACUUAUGUAUGAUACGACAGCAAUUCGUAGUGGAUUUCCUUUGCAAGACAUUACUCAAUUUGCUACUCGUGUGGAAGUUUUGAUCCGUAAAGCAGUGGGUGUCUCUAUUUUAGAAGAAGCAGAAGUCAAUGUCAAAAAGGCAAACGAAAAGACGGAAGAAGAAAAAAAAGCAGACGAGGAACUCAAAAAGACAAAUGUUGUCUAUGAAGACGACACAAUAGAUCAUGAUGAGCUUUAAAUAAGAGCUAAAAAUAGUACUUGUCUCGAAAGGGCUUGGCGGAAUAACAAGAAUCGCAAAAUACUUGAAAACAAGUUGAUUUCUGCAAUAAAGAAAAGGGCUUAUUGUCUCUCUAUUUGAAAAAAGUGAAUGAGUUUUCAUAAGCGGUGAUGAUUUCAUUCGAUAGAUGUUGAUAGUUGCCUAUUUUGGAUAUCGAAAAA